GAGUGGUUUGAUACCCUGUAGAGCAAUUCCAUGCCUCCUCCCCCUCUCUCUCCCCCUCCUUUAAAAAAUAACGAGAGGUGUGCGAGUGUGUAUUUUUGUGUCAUUCUAUCCAGACCGAACAGACACAGCCUACUAUAAACUUAAAAGUGGACAGUGUAAACGGAAAGGUUAUAACAGUGCUACUCAAGCGCCUUCGCUGGUUCGGAUUUAAAACCCGAGGGAGGCGUCCUCUCAGUUUGGGUUCAAGUUAUUUUUUCCAUGGUAUUGGAUUGUAUUUUACCAUCCAUUGUAAGUGAAAUUUGUCCAGCACUUUUUCCACUUGGACUUGUCAACUGGGUAGAGAAAGCCUUGCCCAUUGGAGACAGGGAGAACGAGACACUUUAAAAGCAAAGACUGAGUCAAGUGUCUCGUCCUGUCAAAGCCAUGCCGGCUGGGUUUCAGCAACUCGGAGCGGAGAGAGUGACUGGAACCCUUGCCCUUUCUGUGUUCACUGCGGUUUUGGGGUCCCUUGAAUUUGGGUACAAUAUUGGUGUCAUCAAUGCACCCCAAAAGAUUAUUGAAAAGGACUACAAUGCUACAUGGAUCCACCGUUACAAGGAACCCAUACCCAUUACUACCCUCACUUCCCUAUGGUCCCUAUCAGUGGCCAUCUUCUCCGUCGGGGGCAUGAUGUCUUCAUUUUGCUUGGGGUUCGUCUCUGAGUGGCUUGGCAGGAGGAAAGCCAUGCUCAUUAAUAACCUGCUGGCAUUCAUUGGUGGAGCCAUGAUGGGCAUGGCUAAGCUCUGCCUCUCAUUUGAGAUGAUGAUUUUAGGCCGUUUCAUCAUCGGUGCAUAUUGUGGGUUGGCGUCAGGGCUGGUACCCAUGUAUGUGGGUGAAAUUGCACCCACCAGUCUGCGAGGGGCACUGGGGACUCUGCAUCAGCUGGCCAUUGUUACUGGGAUAUUAUUUGCCCAGAUCCUGGGGCUGGAGUCCUUACUGGGCAGUGAAACACUGUGGCCAGUGCUCAUGGGAGUGACAGUACUACCCACUGUCCUGCAGAUGGCGCUCCUGCCCUUCUGCCCAGAGAGCCCACGCUAUCUCUAUAUCAUCCGCUGCCAGGAACACCAUGCCAAGAGUGGCCUCCGGCGGCUGACAGGGAUGCAGGAUGUGAGCAGCGCCCUUGCAGAAAUGAAAGAGGAAAAGAGGAGGAUGGACAUGGAGAGGAAAGUGUCCAUCGCAGAGAUCUUUCGCUCACCGCUCUACCGACAGCCAAUCAUCAUUGCCAUCCUUCUCCAGCUCUCACAACAGCUGACCGGGAUCAAUGCUAUAUUCUACUACUCCACCAGCAUCUUCCAGAAGGCAGGGGUGCAGAACCCAGUCUAUGCCACCAUCGGCGCUGGAACGGUCAACUGUGCCUUCACAGUGGUCUCGCUUUUUCUGGUGGAGAAGAUGGGUCGUCGAACACUUCACAUGCUGGGAUUGGGUGGCAUGUGUUUGUGUGCCAUCAUCAUGACCGUGGCUCUUGCUCUCUUGGAAAGCGUGCCGUCAAUGAAAUAUAUCAGCAUGCUGGCCAUCUUCGGCUUUGUGGCAUUCUUUGAAGUGGGCCCAGGGCCCAUCCCCUGGUUCUUUGUGGCCGAGCUUUUCUCCCAGGGUCCACGGCCAGCCGCUAUGGCUGUUGCUGGCUGUUCCAACUGGACCGCCAACUUCAUUAUCGGCAUGAGCUUCCAGUACAUCGCUGAUCUUUGUGGCCCAUAUGUCUUCCUCAUCUUUGCAGUUCUCCUCCUCUUCUUCCUUCUUUUCACAUUCUUCCGAGUGCCUGAGACACGGGGAAAGACCUUUGACCAGAUCUCUGCAGGCUUCCAACGUCGCCCAGUCAGCAUGAUGGACCUGGACAUGGGCAUGGACAUGGACAUGGACAUGGACCUGGACAAGACCAGCACAGAGCUGGAGUACUUGGGGGAGGGAAGUCUGAACUGAGAUAUAGGGGUUGGGGAGGGGGGGGACAAGCUUCAGCUAGAGGGACGGGAGAGAAAAAGAUGGGAUUGGAUGCCUGCUAUGAAGCGAGAAAAUCUAAAGCAAGUCAACGGGUGGGAGAGAACUCAACACCAUUUUUGGUGUGUAGUGGCAGUAAGGGAUGUGGAAGAAAGGAACGGGAGACAUUUUACAAGGCUAGCCAUGAAUGAAGUAAAAGGUGUGGGCUGGGAUUUUACUCUAAGAAUGCACACGGUUGCUUAGGAGAAAAUUAUAUUCCUGCACUUUAACCUACACACUGCAGAUUUUAUUUCUCAGAAAUGGAAGCUGCUCACAAGCACAGUUACUGACAAGUAAACUAUUUCCAUACAGUGAACACAGCGCUCUAUCCUGGGGAUUAUUCAUUGUCCUAAAAGUGGUAAUGUUCUAUGUCUUUUUGGCCAGCAGAGACCAUCCAAGCACAGUUUAAACUCUGAGGGGCUGCCACACAGGACACAUCCCUUGGAAUAUGAUUGACUGGACCUCUCUGUAUGACAGAUAUCAAUGGGAUUACUCUUGCUGCUCAAUAGACAGUGUAUUAUUAAAACAAAUUGUUUUAGUACAUGAUGUAUAUAGUGUUUUUAAGGUUAUUUUGUUCUGGUAAAGGGUCUCCAAAAAGUUAAUGCACUCAAUUGUACAAGUAGACCUAGUUUCUAUCUGAACAACCCCAAAAUAAGCACCAUCGAUUUUAAGGUUUAAAUAGAUGUAUGAAAGCUAUACAGAUAUUGUAGGGUUUGCUGAUGUUUGCCAAUUUAAGCAUGUAUGCCGUUUGAUGUCCAAUCUGUACUGAUCUGUGUGUCUGUGGCAAUUUGUUACAAAACAAAAACUGUAAAACAUGAGGACCUGCAAUUCAUAUAAAGUCAUAAUUAAUGAAAA